AGUUGUUGUCUUUUUCUCUGCCUGUGUUCGCUGUGGUUGACAUGCGCCUGUGUUGGAAGCUAACGACAAGUAAAGAAUGGGAACCUUGAACUGUGUGAAUCCGUGUUUUCCCUCAAGAUGCAACGACAGUCGUGGAGGUCUCUUAUAGGCCUCUUAUAGGAAAGUGAAAGUGAAAUCAAAAUUCUUCGCAUUUGGGUUCGUUUCACCGUCACUGAAAGCUGUGAGAGAAGGAGAGCUAAAUAAAGCGUCUGAAGAGGGAACGGACACACCAGCUCGCUCACGGGCUGAGUUCCAUCUACAGUGAGUUUCUUCAGAAGAAGGAGCUGAGCUCAGCUGGAAGCUCCACCCACAAACAUGGACACAAGUCAGACCAGAGAGCUGCUCCCAGGUGUGGACAGAGAGGAAGAAGCUCCUCCCUCUAAAGCCCUUCUGGGUGAGGACCAUGGCAGCCAGACCAGAGCUCAGAGAGAGGAUCAGCAGGUCUCAAAUGUUCUCAGUCUCCAGUGUGUCCAGCAGCAUCAAACAGAUCUGGACUCCACACUUCAGCUGCUUGAGGAGGCUGUCAUGACCCUGGUGAAGAAGGAAGUGAGGAGAGUCCAAAGGUUCCUCAGUCCAGAUGAUCCCAAAUACCAGGAUGAUGAGGAAGAGGUGAAGGUGAAGUGUGAUGAGGAGCAGAUGAGACAAGCUUUCCUGGACUUCAUUGUGAACCUUCUGAGGAGCAUGAAGGAGGAGGAGCUUGCUGAUCGUGUGUGGAGCAGAAGUCGUGCUGGAACGUGUGCAGGACGACUGAAGAGGAGCCUGCAGAAGAAGUUCCACAAUGUGUUUGAGGGGGUGGCUAAAGCAGGAAACUCUGCCCCUCUGAAUCAGAUCUACACAGAGCUCUACAUCACUGAGGGGGGCACAGACCAGGUCAACCAGGAGCACGAGGUCCGACAGAUCGAAGCAGCAACCAGGAACCAGACCAGAGCAGAAACUACCAUCAGACAAGAAGACCUCUUUAAAGCCUCACCUGAGAGAGAGGGACCCAUCAGGAGCCUGCUGACGAAGGGCGUGGCUGGCAUUGGGAAGACCCUCCUGACACAGAAGCUGACUCUGGACUGGGCUGAAGACAAAGCCCACCAGAACUUCCAGCUCGUGUUUCCUUUCACCUUCAGAGAGCUGAACCUGCUGAAAGAGAAGCAGUUGAGUUUGGUGGAACUUGUUCAUCGCUUCUUUCCUGAAACCAAAGACUCAGGACUCAGCAGCUUUGAAGGAGUCCAGGUUCUGUUCAUCUUGGACGGUCUGGACGAGUGUCGACUGCCUCUGGACUUCAACAGUCGGGUCCUGACAGAAGCUACAGAGUCCACCUCAGUAGACGUCCUGCUGACCAACCUCAUCAGGGGGAAGCUGCUUCCCUCAGCUCACCUCUGGAUGACCACACGACCUGCAGCAGCCAAUCAGAUCCCUCCUGAGUGUGUGGACAUGGUGACAGAGGUCCGAGGGUUCACUGACCUCCAGAAGGAGGAGUACUUCAGGAAGAGGUUCAGAGAUGAGGAGCAGACCACCAUCAUCUCUCACAUCAGGAGCUCACGAAGCCUCCACAUCAUGUGUCACAUCCCCAUCUUCUGCUGGAUCACUGCCACAGUUCUGGAGGACAUGUUGAAGAGCAGAGAGAGUGGAGAGCUGCCCAAGACCCUGACUAAGAUGUACAUCCACUUCCUGGUGGUUCAGGCCAAAGUCAAGAAGCUCAAGUACCAUGGAGGAGCUGGGACAGACACAGUUUGGGACCCUGAGAGCAGGAAGAUGAUCGAGUCUCUGGGAAAACUGGCUUUUGAGCAGCUGCAGAGAGGAAACCUGAUCUUCUAUGAAUCAGACCUCACAGAGUGUGGCAUCGACAUCACAGCUGCUGCAUUUUACUCAGGAGUCUUCACACAGAUCUUCAGAGAGGAGAGAGGACUGUACCACGACAAGGUCUUCUGCUUCAUCCACCUAAGUCUCCAGGAGUUUCUGGCUGCUCUUCAUGUCCACUUGAAGUUCUUCAGCUCUGGAGUCAAUCUGCUCAAUUCACAAGAAACAUGUGAAAACAAACAUCAUCCUGAACAGUUCUACCAGAGAGCAAUAAAUGAAGCUGUAGAAAGUCCUACUGGACACCUGGACUUGUUCCUGCGUUUCCUUCUGGGUCUUUCUCUGCAGAGCAGCCAGGGUCUCCUUCCAGGUUUGUUGCCACAGACAGGAAGUAGCUCAUGGACCCAUCAAGAUACAGCAGAGCUCAUCAAGAAGAAGAUAAGUGAGAAAGUGUCUCCAGAGAGAAUCAUCAAUCUGUUCCACUGUCUGAGUGAAGCGAAGGACACUUUAGUGGAGCAGCUUCAACAGCAGCUGAGAUCAGGAGGUCUCUCCACAGAGGAACUGUCUCCUGCUCAGUGGUCCACCCUGGUCUCCAUCUUACUGUCCUCAGAGGAAGAUCUGGAGGUGUUUGACCUGAAGAAAUACUCUGCUUCAGACAAGGCUCUUGACAGGCUGCUCCCGGUGGUUCAAGCUUCGAAAGCUGUUCUACUGAGAGACUGUCAGCUGUCAGAGAGAAGUUGUUCCCUUCUGUCCUCAGUCCUCAGCUCUCCGUCCUCUCGUCUGACACAACUGGACCUGAGCCACAACUACAUGUAUGAUUCAGCACUGAAGCUGCUGUGUGCUGGACUGAAGAGUCCACACUGUCACCUGGAGACUCUCAGCCUGAUCAGGUGUCAGCUGUCAGAGAGAAGUGGUUCCCUUCUGUCCUCAGUCCUCAGCUCUCCGUCCUCUCGUCUGACACAACUGGACCUGAGCUGCAACUACGAGCUGAAGGAUCCAGGAGUGGAGCUGCUGUGUGCUGGACUGAAGAGUCCACACUGUCACCUGGAGACUCUCAGCAUGAGCUGGUGUGAUCUGUCAGAGAGAAGUGGUUCCCUUCUGUCCUCAGUCCUCAGCUCUCCGUCCUCUCGUCUGACACAACUGGACCUGAGCGACAACUACAGCCUGAAGGAUCCAGGAGUGGAGCUGCUGUGUGCUGGACUGAAGAGUCCACACUGUCACCUGGAGACUCUCAGGUCAGUACACAUCUGGACAGCUGGUUCCUCCUGUAGUCAGGUGCUGAAGACAGGUGGUUGUGAUGAGGACCUGCUUCUAAAGCUUUAUUUAGCUAGCACCUUUCAGAAUGAGCUUCACAGAGAGCUUCAGAGAAAACAGAACAUGUAACCAACAGAGUGUCGACACAUGCUCAUGUAGAAACAUGGAUGUGGUUGGAUCUGUUGGACACGGCUAGUGGCUGGUUCUGGUUCCUGAACACAGUUUUGAACUGGGUGUUGGGUUCAGGAACCAAAAAAAGAUGGUUGUGGUUUGUGGGUGUGUCGUGUUCUCUGUUUACAACAUGAGAAGGAAGUGGACGAAGUGGUGGGAAUUCAAUUCACUCAUGCUUCAUUUGCUCUGCUACAUGAACUCAGUCACGGCUACAAAACAUUGGGCCAAUACACUUGUUCCAUCCCAGACGCAGCUGACAUCAUCGUCAUGUCUCUUCAUCAUCCAAAGUGGUCGCACACUUGAUCAUAGGAUGAAACCAAAUAGUCUGAGUGAAGCAACAAACAUUUUCAGAACACUGGGCUGCCAGCUUAUAUUCCAACGUGUGAGACUUCAUAUGGGGUGGGGGUGGAGUCUUGGGUCUACGGGGAGAGGAAGGUAGGUUGAUGUCAGCUAGAGUCCUGUGAUGGGAAAGUUUGGUAUUCAGGAUAGGAACACUGAAGGUCAGAUGGUUGUAGACCUUGCAAAAAAGAUUCUCUGUUGGACACUGUGCAGAGCAGAACGCAAGUGUGUGAUGAACAGUUGGCAGUCAGACUUGGUCGGUCUGAUCAAGUUGAUCCUGACUUUGAGGAACAUUUUCAAGGUCAAACUCUUCAGUACCUCACAAAGGACAGAUUCCUGAGCAAGAAACUCGAAAGACACAGAAGUUAGAACAGAUUUCCUCAUUUACAGAUGAUCUGUGAUGUCACUUCCUGUUGGAGCAGCUGGAUAAAUGUAAAGUCUCCUCUUUAACAACACCCCCCCAAUAUUUAGUUCCUCUUUCAUCAUGUUUGUGUUUUUGUCUUCAUGUUUGAUCACGUUGAUCCUGACUGAUAUCAAAGUGCUUCAAAUAUUCCAACAAUCAUGUGAUGAUGGUCUUCUGAAUGGAAAGAGUUCAAUGUGUCCUCAAAUACAGAGUUUAAAGUCUUGUCAAAAUAGAGGAUUGAAAAAGUCUCACUGGUUGAUGACACUCGUCUCUUUCACAGCCUG